UCGUCCAUUUUCCUCGAGACCGCACAUGGUGGCGCGCCGGUAGAAGACUGUCAGCUUCCCGUCUUUCUUUCCAGUCAGUUUGCGGUCACGAGAAAGCCCGUCCCGUCAAACGUGUUAAAUGCAAGAAACGGUGGACAUGGCGGACGACCCCGAGUACGAGGAGGAGGAGCCCUCCUUUAGCGACCCGGAGGACUUCGAAGAUGACGUCGACGACGAGGAGCUCCUGGGCGACAUUCUGAAGGAGAAACCCCAGGAGGCUGACGGCAUAGACUCCGUGGUGGUGGUGGACAACGUCCCGCAGGUUGGCCCGGAACGUUUGGAAAAGCUCAAGAACGUCAUCCACAAGAUCUUCUCUAAAUUUGGGAAAAUCACCACCGAGUUCUACCCGGAGACCGAUGGCAUGACCAAAGGUUACAUCUUUUUGGAGUACGCUUCGCCCAACCAGGCUCUGGAGGCGGUGAAAAACGCAGACGGCUACAAACUGGACAAACAGCAUACGUUUAGGGUCAACCUCUUCACCGACUUUGACAAGUACAUGAGCAUUAAUGAUGAGUGGGAAACUCCUGAGAAGCAGCCCUUUAAAGACUUUGGUAACAUGCGUCAUUGGAUCGAGGACGCUGACUGCCGCGACCAGUACAGUGUGAUCUAUGAAGCUGGUGAAAGGACCGCCAUUUUCGCCAACGACGCUAAGGAUCCGGUCGUCUCCGAAGAAAGAGCGGUAUGUGUUAAUUCAGAUUUCAACACA